AUUAUAUAAACGGGGAAAAUUUCAAUGCGAAGUAGAGAACGACCUCUUCAAAGUUCGAAGCAUAGAGGAAGUUUAGGAACGUACGGAUCCAUCAGAAAUGAAGAGAUCUAUUUCCGAAGAUUUUCCGUUCAAAAGCCUCUGAUCUUUACAGCACUUUCUUUUAUUUCGAGUCCAUGAUAAAGAGAUGGAUCGAGAAUAAGCCAUACUAUAUUUCUAUUUGUCAUUUUCUCAUUAUUUCUUCCCAUGAAAACAUGAUGCAGCGUCUGACGGUUCCGUUGUGAGGAAAAGAAAAAGGAAAGGAAAUUUUCCCCGAAAAAUAUCCAACAUAAUUCAGAACGAAGCACCUGACUUGAUCGGUUUGUACUUUGUACUGCUGUUGAUAAAAGUUGUUCGAUUUUAUCCCUCCUUUUCUCCGCUCGUGUUUUGCUCUCUUAAGGUUUUAUUAUUUUUUUCGAUCUUUCACAACCUCCUAAUUGCGUUAUCCUAGUUACUUACGUUCCCAUUUUCUUUUCCUUCUUCGGAUUCGGGGAUAAGUCUAGCUUAGGGUUUACAGUGUGGAUGCCUAUUUGUUUGUGAAAUUCAUGCCGGCUUUGUGGUGUUACAAUUGAGUAGCGAAAUCGGGGUUAAAAAUUGGUGUGGAGGCAGAGAGGUUCGAUGAAGCGGCGAUUGGGUGUUGGGCAGAGAAAUGGAGGUUAGAUCAGAGAGUAUACAGGUGCACUGCGAUAAGCUACCGGCUCCAGUGAUUCCGAGGACGCGAUUGCAGUUGUGGUUCAUCCGCGUGUGCUCGAGCAUUGUGCUCUGGACGUGCUUGGUUCAGCUGGUGGCGGUCGGGGAGCUAUGGCAUCCGCAUUUGCUGGCUGGGAUUACAAAUCGAAUAUCGAGGGUAGCUCAGCUUCGCGUCGAAGAGGUGCAAUCGCUGCCGCCUCUUCUACCUGCAAGAAAGUAUAAAAGUAAUGGUAUUCUACGAGUGUCUUGCAAUGGAGGCUUGAAUCAAAUGCGUGCAGCGAUAUGUGACAUGGUGACUGUUGCUCGGCUUUUAAAUCUCACUUUGGUUGUUCCAGAGCUCGACAAGACAUCUUUCUGGGCUGACCCUAGUAACUUUGAGGACAUCUUUGAUGUGCGACAUUUCAUUAAUUCACUAAGAGAUGAAGUCCGAAUCAUAAAAAGGCUGCCAAAGAGGUUUAAUAGGAAACAUGGUCUCAUUCCACUUGAGAUGCCUCCUGUUAGCUGGUCAAAUGAAAAAUAUUACGUGCAACAGAUUCUUCCACUUUUUGGCAAGUAUAAAGUAUUGCACUUCAACAAGACAGAUGCACGUUUGGCGAAUAAUGGGAUCCCACCUUAUCUUCAGAAACUCAGGUGUCGUGUUAAUUUCCAGGCACUGAGAUUCACUCCUCAGAUUGAGACUUUGGGAUACAAAUUAGUUCGCAUGCUUCAAGAAAAGGGACCUUUCCUGGCUCUGCAUCUGAGAUAUGAGAUGGACAUGUUGGCUUUCUCAGGUUGUACACAUGGCUGCACUGAGGAAGAAGCUGCGGAGCUCAAGAGGAUGAGGUAUGCUUACCCUUGGUGGAGAGAGAAAGAGAUAGUGUCAGAAGAGAGAAGAUCACAAGGUUUGUGUCCUCUGACACCAGAGGAGAUGGUAUUGGUUUUGCAGGCAUUGGGUUUCAAUAAGGAGACACAGAUUUAUAUCGCAGCUGGUGAAAUUUAUGGCAGUGAACAGAGGCUUGUGGCACUAAGAGCUGCAUUUCCUCAGAUUGUGAAAAAAGAAACAUUGCUAGCCCCAGAGGAGCUGCGACAGUUCCAGAAUCAUUCAUCACAAAUGGCAGCUUUAGAUUUUAUGGUUUCGGUAGCCAGUAGCACUUUUAUUCCCACCUACGAUGGAAACAUGGCAAAAGUUGUGGAAGGUCACCGCAGAUAUCUUGGGUUUAAAAAAACUAUCCUAUUGGAUCGGAAGAGGCUUGUAGGGUUACUGGAUAUGCAUCAGAAUGGAACACUUUCAUGGAACGAGUUUGUCAAUGCUGUCCGGUCGGCUCAUGAGAAAAGAAUGGGACAGCCAACGCCUCGUAAAGUUUCCGUGGACAGACCAAAGGAGGAAGAUUAUUUUUAUGCAAAUCCGCAGGAGUGCCUCUGUGAGGGAAUUACAGAUUGUGAUGACUUGCUAGGCCCUGGAAAAUCAAUUAUAUUAAGGUGACUACAAUCAGCCAACUUUGAGAUCAUCUUGGACAGUGAACCUCUGAAUUUUUCCGGGAAUACUAUUGUAAACAGCUCUCAUGUCACGUCCAUAAGAUAAGGCAUAUAUGCAAUGUAUACACGACCACUUUCAGAA